UUUUGAACUUUAUUUUAACUUACAAAUAAAAAAGAGACUAAAAAAAACCAAAAACUAAUCGCACACUUAAAAUUAAAACCAUUCAUGGUGAGGGUUUCAAUUACACUACUUUUGAAUAGUGUAUGUACUAAAAUACUAAUUAAGUUACAAAAACGUACUAAAAUGCAAACUUACCCAUAAAUUUAUUUAGGUCAGCGUGCUGACUCAUGACUGACUUGUUUGGAUUCUCUCUGACUAUAAUAAAGAGACAAAACUAGGAGUAGAAGAGAAGCUGUAAUCCAAUUCCACCAUCCCUCUUUGGUAAAACCCCUAAAUUUCCUUAGGAUUAGCUUUCAGUUUUGGUUGUGUCUGACGCAUGGCUUCGGCUUCGAAGCGGAUUUUGAAGGAGCUCAAAGAUCUGCACAAGGAUCCUCCUUCACAUUGCAGCGCAGGUCCAGUGGCUGAGGACAUGUUUCAUUGGCAAGCAACUAUCAUGGGGAUCCCCUGGAAGCCCUUAUGCCUGAGGAGUAUUUUUUGUUUCCAUUCAUUUUCCUCCUAAUUAUCCUUACGACCCCACCAAAGGUGUUUUUUAAGACUAUGGUGUAUCACCCAAACAUCGAUAGGAAUGGAAGCAUAUGCGUUGAUAACCUGAAAGAACAAUGGACUCCCGCUACUAUUACCAUAUCCAAGGUUUUGUUGUAUUUUUGCUCGCUGCGGACUGACCCAAACCCUGAUGAUUCUCUUGUGCCGGAGAUUGCUAAUAUAUACAAGACAGAUAGAUCCAAGUAUGAGUCGACUGCGAUAAGACAAAUGUGGUCUGGUUUCGAUCGAGACAAGCAGUGGAACUCUGUUAUUGCGCAUGGAAAUAUAUAUAAAACUUAUUUAAAAAGACACUGCAAACGGUAUCAUGUGAUUGUCAUCGAAAAACUUAGCUGUACCUACUCUUCUUCUGUUCUGAUCACUAUUAGCUAUUAUUUAUUUCGAUGGGUCUACUUUUUUACUCUCUUGUUUCCUUCCUCACUUGGUUGCAACCACCCCAAACGACAUGUUUGGGUUGUCUGGUCCACUCAUGACAGAAGACGUAUGCAUCACAUAAUGUCAGCAAUUACAGUCACAUUUGAAGAUUUCUUGAUUGAAUCUUGAGGAGGAUGAGCUUCAUCUUUCCCCAUUAAUGCUGAGAAGAAUGAUCAAUAGACUCUGAAAUGUGGAUGAUGAUGAUGAGCAAUUCCUCGUCUUUAGGUUCUCAAGGAAAACAACCCGGAUUGAUCAUCUCAUCUCAUCUCAUCCUACUAAUCUUGAAGAGGUGUAAUUUAGCUCAAUUGAUUUCUAGAAAGUAGAAGUUAUGAAGUUUUAUGAUGAGUUGAUCACUUUAGAAAAUAGACAUAUUUGGCACGAGAAUUAGAAGCUUCCAGACUGACUCUUAGAUUCUCUGGCUAAUAUAAAUAAACACAAGGAGACCCUCUCCCUUUAUCUCUUACGCUCGCUCGCUGCAUUCCGUAUUUUUUAGAUUCUCUUCUCUCGUCAGUGGCCGUCAAAGAAGCUUCGGUUGUGUUUCCGCAAGUUUUACGUGUCUAAGAGCAUGGCUUCAAAUCGUAUUGCGAGAGAGCUCAGGGAUCUGCAAAGAGAUCCUCCUUCAAACUGUAGCGCAGGUCCUGUGGGUGAAGACAUGACCCAUUGGCAAGCAACUAUCAUGGGACCCCAUGACAGUCCGUAUGCCGGAGGAGUAUUUAUGGUCACCAUUCGCUUUCCUCCAGAUUACCCUUUCAAGCCACCAAAGGUUUCUUUCAUGACUAAGGUGUACCACCCAAACAUCAAUAGCAAUGGAAGCAUUUGCCUUGAUAUCCUGAAAGAGCAAUGGAGUCCCGCUCUUACCAUAUCCAAGGUUUUGUUGUCGAUUUGCUCGCUGUUGAAUGACCCUAACCCGAAAGAUCCUCUUGUGCCGGAGAUAGCCGAGAUGUACUUGGUAGAUAAACCCAAGUACGAGUCGAUUGCGCAAAGCUGGACACAGAAGUAUGCCACUUGAUGAUAAAACAGAGCCAAAAGGUUCUGUUAUUUUUGCAUGGAAGUGGAAAUUUGAAGAAAAAAAAUAUGAUUUUUGUGGGGUUUAUUAUUAGCAAACGAUAUAUUAUGUUAUCAUAAUCGAACGACUAAUUAGCUGAUCUUAAUUAUCUAUAUUCACCUGAUCUACAUUAUGAUUUUCUCUCAUCACUUAAAAGAGUCUAUAGACUCGUUUUCAAAA